AUGGAUAGUAGUAUUUUCACCAAUUCGUUAUCGGUGCUUGUUAAUUGGAGUGCCACUAAAGACUUUGUGGUGGAGAAAGGUCUUCGUCAAGGAGACCCAUUGUCACCUUUUGUAUUUGUUCUUGUGAUGGAAGUCCUUACGGCACUAAUGAAUAAAUGUAAAGAAAUGGGAGAGUUCCGUGGUUUUAAAGUCAAUGAUGUGAAGGAUGUGGAUUUGCUUCAAUUUGCGGACGACGCCUUGAUUUUUGCCGAAUGUAAUUUGGCAAAUUUGUGGAGCUUAAAGGCAAUUUUUAGAGGCUUUGAGAUGAUGUCGGGUUUACGGAUUAAAUUUCAUAAGAGUAAUUUGUAUGGGGUUAAUGCGGGAGAUUGGUUCAUGGAAGCCGCGGCUAGUUUCCUCUCUUGUAAAGUAGGGUCUUUACCUUUUAAAUUUCUCGGUGUUAGGGUUGGCUACAAUCCUAGGAAACUAUCAAUGUGGAGAGAUUUCAUUUUAAUGUUUAAAAAGAGAUUAUCGUUUUGGAAAGGAUCUAACCUUAGUAUGGCGGGGAGGGUUGUUCUUAUUAACUCAGUUAUCAAUGCUUUACCGAUUUAUUUGCUUUCUUUUUACAAGGCUCCAAAGAAGGUUUUGAAUGGGGUGUGUUCGAUUCAAUGCAAGUUCCUUUGGGGAGGUGGCGAGCUUAAACGUUCCAUUAAUUGGGUGUGUUGGGAUACCGUGUGUAAAUCCCGGGAAGAGGGUGGUUUGGGUGUCAACAAUAUGGAGAUCAUGAAUGUGGCUUUGUUAAGUAAAUGGAAAUGGCGUAUUCUCACGGAAAAGGAAGCGGUUUGGCGAGAUCUUUUAGAAGCGCGUUAUGGUAAUAUUAAGCUUAAGGUCUUGGUAGGAGAUUUAUCGGUGGUGAAUAGAAAAGAUUCUAUUUGGUGGAGAGACUUAAUUAUUUCGGAUAACUAUGAAAAUCUUCUUUUGGAAAAUUUCUCUAGUGCUAUUCAUGUUAGUGUGGGUAAUGGGGAAACAACACCUCUGUGGUAUGCGGACUGGACAGGACAGCAAUCUCUAAUGAAAUGCUAUCCUAACCUUUUUUCCAUGGCUUACAAUCAUGUGCAAACUGUUUCUUCUGCAGGCGCCUUCAACUUUAAUCGCUGGCAGUGGUCUCUGUGUCAAGUUUUCGCGUCUGGCAGCACUGCAAAGACAAUGGAGGAGAACGUUUUCGGGGUGGACGGAGAAACUGUAGGUGCUGCUGGCCCUGGGACAGCUUUUUUGCCUGCGCAGGAUGAUGGUGGUGCAGUCCCAGCUGUGGCUGUUGUUGCCAGCGACGAUGUGCAGCUAGAUUUUCAUUCACCAUAA